UCGAGCAGCGCCCACCAUCUGCCGCCUCACAUCCAGCUGCCAACUCAGCCUCCACCAGGACAGUUCAAACCACAGAAGAGGGUGCCGACUGCAGGCCUCACAACCACGCUCACCAUCCUGCCUUCUGAGUGUCCAGUGAGGCUCAGCGAGGCCUGGGUGGGACGCAUUACACUUGCUUCUGUCUUCACCACCCCAUUUCAACACAGGAGAAAGUUGAGGCCUGAGAGCGGAGCCAGCCUGCCAAUGCCUGCCUGGGGGGCCCUGUUGCUGCUCUGGGCUGCCGCAGAGGCCACCAAGGACUGCCCGGCGGAGUGCACCUGCCAGGCCCUGGAAACCAUGGGGCUGUCGGUGGACUGCAGGGGGCGGGGGCUCACAGCCCUGCCCGCCCUGCCCACCCAGACCCGCCACCUCCUGCUGGCCAAUAACAGCCUUAGCUCCGUGCCUCCGGGGGCCUUCGACCACCUGCCCCAGCUACAGGUCCUCGACGUGACACAGAACCCCUGGCACUGCGACUGCAGUCUCACCUACCUGCGUCUCUGGCUGGAGGACCGCACGCCCGAGGCCCUGCUGCAAGUCCGCUGCGCCAGCCCCAAGCUCGCCACCGCCCACCCCCUGGGCCAGCUCACGGGCUAUGAGCUGGGCAGCUGCGGCUGGCACCUGCAGGCAUCCUGGGCCUACCCGGGCUUCUGGCAGGACGUGGCACUGGUGGUCGUGGCCACGCUGGGCCUGGCUCUCCUGGCUGGCCUGCUGUGCACCGCCACAGAGACCCUGGACUGAGCCCGGGGCCCCCAGGGUCACUCCCCCCAGCCUGAGCCCCCAGUAACCCAAAAUAAACUGCUCAACCAUUGUCUCCAAGCUCAGAAAAAUUGUGUUUCCUCUCGGUACCCAAGUCUGGCUCCUUCUGGAAACCUGGGUCCGUUUUGUUAUAACCUGAUAUCAACUGGGGCUUCUCUGUCCCCCAGGUUCCUAGUAAAAUGGGCUGUUCCACCUCCCCCACACCAGCCACCCCCAAUUCCACCAUCUGUGGACAUCCCGAGCCCUUCUUCGGUGCCUGACAGGUCCCAGGACUCCGGUCCGCACGCUCUCCUCUGUCCCGGCGCCCACAUGUGACACUCUGGAGGGCCCAGGCGAAUUUCACAUCAACACGUGGCUCCCGUCCAAAUUCUGCAGAAAGCUGGCUCUCACGACACAGCAGUGAGCAAGCGGGAGGCGCAGAAGACCCCAGGCAGGUGGGAGGAGUUUCCAUCUCUGUGACAGACAUACCUUGAAAGGCACACCACCGUGUCCAAAACAGCCUUUUGUGUCCUGGCCACAAAGACACCUGCUUUUCCAGCCCCAUCCUUUCUCAUCUUCUCCUGCAGGCCUUCUCUCCUUUCCUCCUCUCUCUAUCCCUCUUUCUUCAGAAACAAAAGUGGGGCUCCUGGGUGGCUCAGUCGGCUCAGCGUCCAACUCUGGCUCAGGUCAUGACCUCACGGCUUGUGAGUUCGAGCCCCACGUCAGGCUCUGUGCUGACAGCGCAGAGCCUGGAGCCUGCUUCAGAUUCUGUGUCUCCCUCUCUCUGCCCCUCCCCCCCAAAUAUAAAUAAACAUCUAAGGCAUUUUUAAAAAAGAAACAAAAGAAAUUUUUCCCUUUCUCAUGGAAACAACUCCAGGUACUGACAUCAGACACCUCAAACUCUGGAGUCCCACCUCUACCCCAAGCAAUGGUCACCAAAUUCUUCAAACAAGACUCUUCUCUCCCUCAGAGGAUUCUGGUGCCAGCAGUUAAACUAAUAAAACAUUUCUCCACUGUAUGAGAGUGUUUCCAGGUCUGUUACGGCCAAUCCGAAUCCAAAUAUAAUCACCCCAAG